AUGUGUUCUUAUGAGCACGGUUCCGUGUACCUUGUGACCCCAAGCAACAUGACAACCAACUCCCAUAUUGCAGUUGAUGCACGACCAACCUUCGACGCCCUACCCCUGCGCGAUGGUGACCCAAGAGCGUCAGCAUGGGGAAUGUGGGGAAGCGAUGAUGAGUUGGGGACUUUGAAUCUGCUGACUCCUUCUCUCGUAAAGAAAGCCAUGGAAGACGUAGUUACGGGUGAAACUAUCCCUCUAAAUCUUCCUCUAAAUGCUUUUGUGCGACCGAUGAACCCCGUGCGGAAGCCAUGUUCGCAUCACAUUAUUGCGAAAGGACAUGCUAAUGAUGAUGAGUUGGACAUCAAUACGCAAGGUUCAAGUCACUGGGACGGCCUUCGACACUUUCCGUACCAAGCUACUCUCCAAUACUAUAAUGGGGUAACACAAGACAUUAUCUCAGGGCCCAGCGCAACCGAAAAGAUUGGAAUACAGAACGCCGCUAAGAAAACCAUCACUGGUCGAGGAGUCCUUCUUGACUGGUUUUCAUGGGCCACCGACAAUGGGAUCAACAUCGACCACUUUUCAGCCCACAGCAUUCCUUUGUCAGAGCUAGAAGCCGUGGCAAAUGCUCAAAAGGUACAGUUCCGUUCUGGAGAUAUACUCCUUGUUCGAACCGGCUGGGUUCCGGCUUACCGCGCCCUUUCUCUCGAAGAACAAGCCGCGUUACCACAACGACCGGUACGCUCCAGCUGUGGUAUCGAAGCAAGCAAAGAAGCCAUCCGAUGGCACUGGGAGCAUGCUUUUGCGGCGGUGGUAUCCGAUACGGUAGCGUACGAGGCUUGGCCUAGCCCGAAGCCGUGGGGAGUAAGCAUGCAUGAAGUCUUCCUUAGUGGAUGGGGAAUGCCAAUUGGAGAAAGCUUUGAUUUGGAAGAUUUGGCUGUUAAAUGCAAGGAGACCAAACGGUGGUCUUUUUUGUUCGUUAGUGUUCCGCUGAAUAUUCCCGGAGGUGUGGCAAGUCCACCGGGGGCCGUGGCUAUAUUUUGA